UUCAAUCUUCCAACCACAAUCUCACCCAUUGACAUUGAUUGCUGAGUCUUUUCCUCCCCAACCUGUUUUCUUGUUCUGAUUAAGUUCUUCUUGGCUUUGAAUCCCAGUCCUUGUUUUCCCCAUGGAUUGUGUGAGCCCAAUCCUGGAUGUCGCUACUCGCUUGUGGGAUUGCACUGCCAAGCGUGCUGUUUACAUCCGUCAUCUCCCACAAAAUCUCAACUCUUUGAGAACUGCAAUGGGGGAACUCAAGAACCUAUACAAAGAUGUGAAGGAAAGGGUGGAACGUGAAGAGAAACUUCAGAAGAAGCGUACUCAUGUAGUCGAUGGCUGGCUCCGCAAUGUAGAAGCCAUGGAAGAACAAGUGAAGGAAAUAUUGGCCAAAGGUGAUGAAGAAAUCCAGAAGAAAUGUCUCGGAACCUGUUGUCCUAAAAACUGUGGCGCUAGCUACAAGCUUGGCAAGAUGGUACUUGAAAAGAUGGAUGCUGUGACGGUAAAGAAGACGGAGGGCUCAAAUUUCAGUGUAGUUGCUGAACCUUUCCCUAGUCCUCCCGUGAUCGAGAGGCCUCUGGACAAGACUGUGGGCCAAGAUUUGUUGUUUGGGAAGGUCUGGAAAUGGCUCCAAGAUGAUGGAGAGCAGGUAAGCAGUAUCGGAUUAUAUGGAAUGGGGGGUGUGGGCAAAACCACCCUCUUGACCAGGAUCAACAAUGAGCUCCUCAAAACCAGGCUUGAAUUUGAUGCAGUGAUUUGGGUGACUGUGUCCAGACCAGCCAAUGUGGAAAAAGUUCAGCAAGUUCUUUUCAAUAAAUUGGAGAUUGGGAAAGAUAAAUGGGAAGAUAGGAGUGAGGAUGAAAGGGCAGAAGAAAUAUUCAAUGUCCUGAAGACAAAGAAAUUUGUGCUUUUGUUAGAUGACAUAUGGGAGCGGCUGGAUCUAUCCAAAGUUGGUAUUCCUCCUCUGAAUCAUCAAGAUAAGUUGAAGAUGGUAUUUACAACGCGAUCUAAACAAGUGUGCCAAAAGAUGGAAUCUACCAAGAGCAUUGAAGUGAAUUGCCUCCCAUGGGAGGAAGCUUUUGCUCUGUUUCAGACCAAGGUAGGAGCAGACACCAUAAGUUCUCAUCCAGAUAUACCAAAGCUGGCGGAGAUGGUUGCCAAAGAGUGUGACGGCUUACCACUUGCCCUCAUCACCACAGGGCGAGCAAUGGCGGGAGCAAAAGCACCCGAGGAAUGGGAGAAAAAAAUAGAAAUGUUGAAGAAUUCUCCUGCAAAGUUUCCAGGUACGGAGGAGGAUUUGUUUCGAGUAUUAGCAAUCAGUUAUGAUAGCCUACCCGAUGAAGCCAAAAAAUCGUGUUUCCUAUAUUGCUCUUUAUUUCCGGAGGAUUAUGAAAUCUCUCAACGAAAUCUUAUACAACUUUGGAUCGGGGAGGGUUUUCUGGAUGAAUAUGACAACUUACAAGAAGCAAGAAAUCAAGGAGAAGAAGUUAUUAAAAGUUUACAGCUUGCAUGUCUAUUGGAGAAUGGCAGAUCUCGAUUUUACGUAAAAGAAAAAUAUUUGAAGAUGCAUGAUGUUAUUCGUGAGAUGGCUUUGUGGUUGGCCCGCAAAAACGGGAAGAAGAAGAACAAAUUUGUGGUAAAAGAUGGAGUUGAAUCGAUCAGAGCAGAAGUUGAAAAAUGGAAAGAGACACAGAGGAUAUCAUUGUGGAAUACCAACAUUGAAGAACUUAGGGAACCACCAUAUUUCCCUAUUAUGGAGACCUUUUUGACAUCAUGUGAGUAUAUUGAGUCAUUUCCAAAUAGAUUAUUUACAAACAUGCCUGUUAUAAGAGUUUUGGACUUGUCAAACAAUUUUGAACUUAAAGUGUUACCUGUGGAGAUUGGAAACUUAGUUACCUUGCAAUAUCUUAAUUUGUCGGCGACCGAUAUAGAAUACUUACCUGUGGAGUUCAAGAAUUUGAAAAGAUUAAGGUGCUUGAUAUUGAAUGAUAUGUAUUUUCUUGUGUCACUUCCAUCUCAAAUUGUAUCGAGUCUUUCCUCUUUGCAAUUGUUCAGCAUGUAUAGCACGCUUGUAAGGUCAAACUUUACAGGAGAUGAUGAAAGAAGGUUAUUAGAAGAGUUAGAGCAGUUGGAACACAUUGAUGAUAUAUAUAUCCACCUUACAAGUGUAUCAUCCAUCCAAACAUUAUUGAACUCCCACAAGUUGCAAAGAUCCACAAGAUUCCUACUAUUAUUUUCUGAGCGUAUGAACCUGCUCCAACUAUCCCUUUAUAUAGAGACACUCCAUAUUACAAAUUGUGUUGAAUUGCAAGAUGUGAAAAUCAAUUUUGAAAAGGAAGUGGUGGUCUACUCAAAAUUCCCAAGGCACCAAUGCUUGAACAACCUUUGUGAUGUCAGAAUAGAUGGAUGUGGUAAAUUGUUGAAUUUGACAUGGCUUAUUUGUGCUCCAAGCCUUCAAUUUCUAAGUGUUAAAUUCUGUGAAUCAAUGGAAAAAGUGAUAGAUGAUGAAAGGAGUGAAGUUUUAGAAAUUGAAGUAGAUCAUUUGGGUGUAUUCUCGAGACUCACAUCUCUCACUUUAGUAAUGCUACGAAAGCUAAGAAGUAUACAUAAACGUGCCCUAUCUUUUCCAUCUCUCAGAUACAUCCAUGUGUAUGCAUGUCCAAGUUUGAGGAAGCUGCCAUUUGAUUCCAAUACUGGAGUGAGCAAGAAAUUAGAGAAAAUCAAGGGAAAGCAAGAAUGGUGGGAUGGUUUGGAGUGGGAGGAUCAAACCAUUAUGCACAACCUCACUCCAUAUUUUCAACCCAUAGAGCACCCAAGGGAUUCAUCUCAUUAAAGAUAGUUUGGCACUUGGGAGUCGUGGAGCCAUUAGAUUACGCACAACCGCGAGGAAACAAUCCCUUAAUCUCCACAAAAUUCAAAAACCAAAAUGCAGAAGCUCAAAGGAAGACAUGGCAAUCUUCUCCGAUCCCCACAAGCCUCGAAUAGUGCACAUCAUCCUCAUCAUUCACCAUUCAAACCAUUGCUGGAUCUUCACCGGGCAUUUUCAUCUUUUCCAGUACUGCACAUGAGCUUCCAUGUCUACAAACUUGAGCUCUAAGCUUUGAUUAUCUUGUCAGAGCUUCUGUUUUACUUCCAUUAGUCUCUUGUCAGCUUGUGCCAUAAAACUUGAAGAUGAUGAUAAAUAUGGAUUCAACGCUUUUGUAUUGAAAGGAAGCUUGAAUUGGCAAUUUUUCCAUAUUUCCCUUUUCC